CACUCAUGACUCAUCAGAACCAUUGCACCUACCACCAGCUCUCCCCUUCACAAAAAAGCCAUAUAGGAAAGUCAACCAGUAGUACUUGGCUUGUGCUGCCCUGUUGUUCGCCUGUGCUCUGGUCCUGAACCACAGCCUCAUCAGAUUACAAAGAUCUCAAGAACAGCCAUUCGAAUCUUGCGUUGCCCCAAACUGCCAACCCACAACUGUACGUACACAUCUCAUCUCAUCACCCACAUUGCUGCAGUCUUCAGUGCCUGCUCGUAAUAAUCAUUCUACUAGGCCUUCGAUCUGCAUCCCAAGAACUGAGAGAUGUUUACAGCUCAUAUAUCCCCGGCACUGGCAUACUAGAUCCCUCUCCUCUCGACCUCCUCCCACGUAGCAUGCACACACCACAGCUGCUGCUCAAAGAGCCACAUGCCUAGUAGACUAGUCUUAGCAGCUAGCUAGAGGGAGGGAGCUCAGCGAAGGAGAGCAAAAGAAGCAACCAAGAAGAGGUUAUUGCUAGCGGAGAGGAGAGGAGGAGAGCCGGCCGGCGCACAAUGGAUCAGCAACAGCACCAGGAGCGGCCGCGGGAGGUGUACCGCGAAUGCAUGCGCAACCACGCGGCGAAACUCGGGACAUACGCUUCCGACGGGUGCUGCGAGUACACCCCCGACGACGGCCAGCCCGCAGCGAUGCUCUGCGCCGCCUGCGGCUGCCACCGCAACUUCCACCGGAAGGCGUUCGUGGACGCCGCGGCGGGGGCGCACGUUGGCGGCGGCGGUGGCGCGCACGGCGCAAUGCUGCCCUCCCCCGGCGUGUCCCCGGGCUACGGCAUGCACCACAUGGCGAUUACCGCGGCCGGCAUGGGCGGCGGUGACGCCGGUGGCUCCGGGGGCAGCAGGCGCCGGACGCGGACCAAGUUCACGGAGGAGCAGAAGGAGCGCAUGGCGCGGUUCGCGGAGCGGCUCGGCUGGCGGAUGCCAAAGCGGGAGCCCGGCCGCGCGCCGGGGGACGACGAGGUGGGCCGCUUCUGCCGGGAGAUCGGGGUCACCAGGCAGGUCUUCAAGGUAUGGAUGCACAACCACAAGGCUGGUGUCGGCGGCAGCGGGGGCGCGGGCGUCGGUGGAGCCGCUCAGACGUCGUCGUCCACGACGCGUGGCGGCGGCGUCGGCGUCGUUGGAGCAGGCGGGAGCUUGUCCCCGGCGAUGGGCGCCGACGUCGAGGACGACGAGGAGGUGAAGGGCAGCGAGAUGUGCAUGUAGCCGCGCCCGCGUCACGUACGUGGCACGCGCGGCGGCAAUGGCAUUGGCAUGGCCUCGCCAUGGCUCCGAUCGAUGAUUAACACCUCCUUUUGCUGCUAAUUCCUUUGGGCGAUUUUGCUUCGACGAGUUGAUGAGAUAUUCAUUGUUAUCACGGCUCUGCUAAUUAAUGCUGUGUCACUGUGAUCAUUCAGUCAUUGAUAUGUCCGUGAUCUCUUGCCUUCUUGCUAACCAUCGCCAUGAAAUUUAAGUUCAGUGACAAACUUGAACAGUUGAACCGGAUGUUUUAAUUAACUCA